AUGAGUGUUUUUCCUGAUAAUACUUUGUCCGAGUAUCGAGUUAAACUCCCACAAUUUUCGGGACCGAUUGAAUUUGGUAUCACGGGGAGUGGUGAUGAAUUUACCGACUUGAAAGGUUCUUGGCUGUACUUCAAAGUUAAAGUUACUAAAGCUAAUGGUACAGACUUAGGGGAUGACGAUCGAGUGGCCCCCGCGAACUAUUUGGCUAACUGUAUGAUAGCAGGAAUCGAUGUUACAUUGAACGAUAAACUGAUCUCAUCCUCCACAAACACCAAUCKUUUCAGAGCUAUGAUUACUAACCUCUUAUCCUAUGGGACGGAUGCKAAGACCUCACAGCUUCAAAGCGAGCUAUUUUUCAAGGAUACCGCUGGAAGGUUUGACAAUGUUGAUCCUUUGGCUGAGGUUGCCACAAGAAACUCAGGAUUGCAUGAACGAUACACUUAUUGUCAAAACAGCAACACGUUUGAGCUCAUGACACAGAUACAUCAAGAUAUCUUUCAACAAGACCGUCUGAUUUUAAACGGAGUGACGAUUCGCCUUAGACUAAACCGAAGUAAAAACGCUUUCUGUUUGCUUUCACCUACCGACGGUGCUGAUUUCAAAGUGGUCAUUCAAGAGGCUAGUUUUCACGUGCGCAAAGUCAAAAUUCACAACGAUACCUUUUUAGGGAUUGCUGCGGCACUUCGUCACGCUCCAGCCCUCUACCCAAUUCGUAGAGUGGAUUGCAAGGCCAUGUCCAUUCCAGCCGGUCAAAUGACUUUUAGCCCUGACGAUAUCUUUUUAGGGCAGGUUCCUAUCCGCCUAUUGUUGACAUUGGUUGAGAAUACAGCUUUCAAUGGAUCGUACAAAAAGAAUCCGUUUAGAUUUCAGCACUUUGAUGCCUCUCAAGUGGGUGUUUACGUGAACGGUGAAAGCACACCAUCCAAAGCGCUUCAACUCAAUUAUGAUCAGUCACAGUAUCUCAUGGGCUACAUGAGCUUAUUUCACGGUACUGGCCAACUGUUUCACGACAAAGGAUUGCAGAUUUCCCGUGACGAAUACCCCAAUGGCUACUGUAUGUAUGCCUUUGAUUUGAGUCCAGACCUCUCCUCGGGGACCCACACAUCGCUUAUAAAACAGGGAAACCUGCGCGUUGGACUUCAGUUUGCCAAACCAUCGCCAACGACGGUUAACCUGAUUCUCUACGCCGAAUUUGACUCAGUCAUAGAAAUUGACCAUAACCGCAACGUGACCUUUAACUGGCUAGUUUUUUCAAGGAGUUUUCCCGUAAGACCGACUUCCCGACCACAUCGAUCGUUAUCCAGCUGCUCUGGUCGCAAAUGUAGAUGUGCAUUCAAAGCCCGGCUCGCAUUGGUGUGCCUUCUUUAUCGAUGYAAAUCACCAAGGACAGUUUUUUGA